UAGGGGCGGAGCUCCCCCGCAGCUCCGCCCCGCACUGGCUUCCUCCUCCGGAGCCGAAGCGGGGACGGGGGCGACUCCGGGGUUCUCCGGCGCUCCGGUUUGCGCCCUGGAGCUGAGCGCAGCGGCUCCCCGGCGAUGGGGCCGGCGCGGCCACCGCGAGUUGCUGCCUGGGCGCUGCCGCUCGCCGGGCUGCUUCUUGGGGCAGCCGCCGCCGCUGCCGGGACGGUACCAGGCUCGGGGGCUGCUGGAGGAACCCGCGAGGGCGGAGACGCUCCGGAAGAUGGCAAGAAUGUUCUCUUCAUUGUCGUUGAUGAUCUACGGCCUGCCUUGGGCGCCUAUGGAGAUGCCCUCGUGAGAUCUCCGAACAUCGAUCAGUUGGCUUCGCGGAGUGUCGUGUUUCAAAAUGCCUUUGCACAACAAGCCGUCUGCGCCCCGAGUAGAGUCUCCUUCCUCACCGGGCGCAGGCCAGACACCACCAGGCUCUACGAUUUUGGCUCUUACUGGAGGGUGCACGCCGGAAACUAUUCCACAUUGCCCCAGUUCUUCAAGGAAAAUGGCUACAUCACCCUAUCUGUAGGGAAAGUGUUUCAUCCCGGGAGUUCGUCUAACCAUAGCGAUGACUAUCCUUACAGUUGGUCCACCCCACCUUUUCAUCCUUCUUCUGAAAAAUAUGAAAACACAAAGGUUUGCAAAGGGAAGGAUGGAACGCUCCACGCGAACCUGAUUUGCCCGGUGGAUGUUUCUGAGAUGCCCGAGGGGACCUUGCCAGACAUCCAGAGCACCGAGGAAGCGAUUCGACUGCUGAACAUUGUGAAAGGAAGCAACAGCAACUUCUUCCUCGCUGUAGGGUAUCACAAGCCUCACAUCCCGUUCAGGUACCCUCAGCAAUUUCUCAAGUUGUACCCCUUGGAAAACAUCACGUUGGCCCCAGACCCUGACAUUCCUAAAGGGCUCCCUUCUGUGGCAUACAACCCCUGGACCGAUAUCAGGCGCAGGGAGGAUGUUGAAGCCCUGAACAUCAGCUUUCCUUAUGGGCCAGUUCCAAAAGAGUUCCAGCUGCAAAUUCGCCAGAGCUAUUUUGCAUCUGUCUCAUAUUUGGAUAUGCUGGUUGGGAAGCUCUUGAAUGCUCUGGAUGACACGGGGCUGUCUCAGAACACGAUCGUAGUGUUCACGGCUGACCACGGCUGGUCUCUGGGUGAACAUGGAGAGUGGGCGAAAUACAGCAACUUUGACAUUGCUACCCGGGUGCCGCUGAUGUUCUAUGUACCAGGGAGGACAACUCCCAUCUCUUACCCAGGAGAGAAGCAUUUUCCUUUCAUUGAUGCCUUCACCCAGGCUUCAAGCUCUGUGCCCCAAGGGAAACCCAAAGAGAUAGUGGAGCUGGUGUCUCUCUUCCCAACGAUUGCUGAGCUUGCUGGAUUAGCGGUUCCUCCUGCAUGUCCUAAGGCUUCCUUUCAAAUCUCGCUGUGCACUGAAGGACAAAGCAUGGUUCCCUAUUUCCCACUUGCCAACGGAGGGCAAGGAAGCCACCGUGAAGGAGGAAAGGACUACGAUCUACCUGUUGCUUUCAGCCAGUAUCCUCGACCUGGGGACACCCCUCAGUGGAACUCUGACCUGCCAGCGCUGGAAGAUAUAAGAGUGAUGGGAUAUUCCAUGCGCACUACGGGCUACAGGUGUACCGUGUGGCUGGGGUUCAACCCCUACAACUUUACUGUCGACUUAAGUGACCUCCACGGAGGGGAGUUGUAUUUUGUGGAUACUGAUCCUGACCAGGAUCACAACGUGUAUGGAAGCGCCACAUACAGCCACCUGACCAAGAAGCUCUGCAAGAUCUUGACGUUCUAAGUUUGAUGUUCUCUCCCUGCCUGCCAAUCCUGCUAUCAGAUUGGUAACUGGCAGAGUAAACGUGUUUCUACUGGGGAUGUGCACGAACCCAUUCGGUGGCCUUUUUAAGGGCCUCCGAACUGGUUCGAACAACCGGCUGUUCAGCCGGUUCAAAGAUGGGGGGGAGGGUUGCACUUUAAGGGCAGGGGAGGGUGCACUUACUCCUCCCUCCACUUUCCUCCUACCGGCGCUCCGUUAUUCAAGGCUCCUUUGGGUACCCAGAAGUACCUGGCGCUUGUGAGUGUGCUGGGCAUGUGUGUGUGCACGUUGCGCUCAUGCGCAUGCACGGGUAGCUACAAGCGCACAUCAGCGCCCGGCGCACACGUGUGCUGAGUACUUCCAGGCAAAGAGGGAAUGGGGUGGCAGGGAGGUAUCCUGCCACCCCAAAGGAGCCUUGAAUAACGGAGCGCCAGUGGGGGGAAAGCGGAGGUAGGGGUAAGUGCACCCCCCUUAAAUGCGACCCCCCUCCACCUUUGAACCACCCCCGCCUGGUUCCGUGCACAUCCCUAGUUUCUAUAACUUUGUGUUAUAUAAAAAGUGGUUCCUGGGAUUAUAAUUGUGUUUGUACCAAAAAAACCCUCAAAAACUUGCACUGCUGGAUUCCUUUCCUUUUAUUCUUAGUCAAUAAAAUUUGCCCUCUUUUUUA